UAACCGUAUUCGACGUUUCACACAAUAUGCUCUACAUCCUCUAAAAUUGUACUAACUUCCAUAAUACUAAAUCUGUAUUACUUAAUGUGUAGAAGAAAAUGUCAGGUGCAACUGAUAAAAAAUUGGAUUUACCCCAACAAUUUAUUCAAAUUUCUACUAAUGGAAAUAAGACUGAUACAGUCAAACUUCAAAAUAACGAGCAACCAACAUCCAAUACAAAUCCAAUCCCAGAUCGUAAAAAUGGGAAAAAUAAAAACUCUCGCAGCGUAAUUAGAAAAACCGUUGCAAAUUUUAAAUGUACUGGUGAAAAAUGUGGAAAAACAUGGAGUUCGAUGCAUGCCUGGAGAAAAGGAAGUUUUUACUGUGAAAUUUGUUACUCAAAGGCAAAAGUAUCGAGUUUUGUGGAUGAACAUUGUACGCUAAGUGUUUUUAGUUGUGAGGAUUGCAAUGAACUUUGGCGAUCACUAGAUCCUGUGCAAGAAGAUGAAUGCGUUUGUGGGCGCUUGGUUGUUGCGACACAACAAGAACUGUUUGGACGCCACUAUUAUUGUCGGUGUUUAAAUGAAAAUGAAUGUGGAGUUGAAUGGGAAGAUUUCGAUCAAGAAGAAGUAUACAGUCAACGAUGCAGACAGUGUCACUCAGCAGGUGUCAUGUACAGCAUGUCAAAGAUCAACCAUAAACGAAAUGGAGCGAGAAGAGUACAGUUUAUGGGAUUUGGAGGUUCUCACGACAUUGAAGGGUGCGACAUGUGUCAAAUCCUUAUUGAUCAUGGAGUUGCAAAAACGUGUAUGCGAAAACUAAGGUUAUUUUUAGUGUUGAGGACGGGGUGACAGAAGUAAUGGCAGUGGCGACGUGAAAUGUGGAAUUAUCUAUUUAUGAGCAUGGUUAAUAUUAUGGGUGUUGUUAAAUAAAUAUCUUUUCAAUUUAA